AUGCCCCAGGAACUGGCUCAAUUCGAGCGAAGUGAGCAACUCGCUUUCACUGUCGCCUACGAUGAAAACAAUACGCGAGACAUCCAAGCCCUCAUUAUCGGGCCCCCAGGCACACCCUACGAGCUGGGCUUUUAUGAAUUUGCGAUAAGAAUCCCUUCUGAUUACCCUGCGAGCCCGCCAGUGGUGAGGCUCAAGACUACUAACCAGGGACGCACACGCUUCGGUCCUAACCUCUACGCAAGUGGGAGGGUUUGCCUAUCGAUUCUGGGCACAUGGCCCGGAGACCGCGGGGAGGAAUGGUCCCCCGCACAGGGACUGGAGUCAGUCUUGCUGUCAAUUCAGAGUCUGCUGUCCUCAAACCCGUACAUCCUCGAGCCGGGGUUCGAUACCAGAGGUACCGACACUGAGAACAUGGAGGCAUACAACUCCAAGAUCCGACACGAAAACCUACGAUUGGCAGUCAUCGCCCCUCUAGAAAAAGCCCUCCAAUUUCCUUUCUUGACUUACCAACACAGAUCGCAAAGAAAUGACCAGCCACCUGUAUCUGGAGCAGCACCUGGCGAUCGACGAGGACCGGACCAAUCUUCACUCAGUGCCUUUGCUGACUUUUCCAAGCAACGAUUCCUCUGGUAUCUGGAUCUUUACAAGAACGCAAUUGAGAAAGGCAUCGUGGACGAGGCACGGAGACACAAAACCCCAUUUAUCCAGAUGCCAUUCGAGGGUGCGGGCAAUAUCAUGCAGGGUACAUGGGAUUACACCGAUCUGAAGGCCCGCCUGGCAAGCGUCCAAGGACAGUUGAUGCAGGAAACACACAAAUGGCCUGUCGAGGGCCUGGCGCUGGUCAAGGAGGACGCUGGGAUUGCGGUGAAGCUGAUGGGGCAGCAUGAACAGAUCGUUGCAGAACUGAAGUCCCAGAGACAGGUUAUCGAUCUCUCGCUCGCUGAUGGCAACCCUUUCGUCUGGCGACUCACUUACGUUGGCCGCACGGAGUCUCGACUGGAGGGUGGUAUCAUCAAGAUCAAGAUUUUCAUCAGCCCCCGGCACCCGAUAGAGCAGCCCCGUGUGUUUGUUGAGUCGCCACUCUAUCACAUCCGUGUCUCCAAGUUGGGUGUUAUGAUCUAUCUGCCAGCGCGAGCCGACGAGAUCCGCCAUCACAUCGACGGCAUCAUCAACACCCUGGAGGAUGACAACCCACCAUACAACCCACUAAUGACAGUGAACCCUGAGGCAAGCGCUCUGUGCUGGGGGACUGAAGUGGAACGCAGGCUCUACCGGCGUAAGCUUCGAGCAUCGCUGGAGGCAUCCUAG